AUGGUGCAUGCUGGGAAACGUAGUCUUUUCUGGGCGAGAAUGAAGGAUCUCCACAUUAUUGAUUCUUCACUCUUGAAAGAGCUGAAGUUAUGUUGUGUCAAAGAAACCAAGUUCCUUCCCAAAGAAUCUGGCCUCAAGCUUAUGGAGUCAGCUUCAGCAAAGGAUCCUAAUGGUGUAUCAGCAAAAUGCAGAGAUGCCAGAGUGGAAGAUCUCUGGAGCCUGACCAGCUUUUUUGGCUAUAGCACCCAGACCUUUGUUCAGUCUGUUAGUUUGCUUGACAGAUUUCUUACAGUCAUGAAGGUACAGCCCAAACACUUGCCCUGCAUUGGAGUUUGCUGUCUUCACAUUGCAGCUAAAAUGGUAGAGGAAGAGGGCAAUAUUUCACCUACUCAUGAACUCAUCCGCAUCAGUCAAAGCAAGUUUACUGUGUCUGAUCUUGGUCGUAUGGAAAAGAUAAUCUCUGAGAAGUUGGGUGUGGAGCCCAGAGCUGUGACGGCCUUAACAUUUCUACACCUUUAUUAUAGAGCCUUUACAUCUGUGAUUCCCCCAAUGGAGAAGAUGCCAAGCAUUGUGAGACUGGAAGCUCAAUUAAAAGCUUGUUUUUGUCGACUGGCUUUUUCAAAAGCAAAACCAUCUGUGCUUGCUCUUGCCCUUAUUGCACAUGAGUUUGAAACACUUAAAACUAUGACUUUGUCAAAGAUUCUGCAACAUUUACAGAAAAAUCUAAAGAUAAGUGAUAGCCUGCUUUUGCACUGGAAAGGAUUGGUGGCCAGCUGUAUGGCUGCAUAUUGCUCAAGUCAAUGUGUCAAGCCUGACCAUAGGAAGCUUGUAUGGAUUGUUUCAAGGCGAACUGCUCAAAGUCUCCAGGCCAAUCACUUCAGGGUCCCCAUUCUGCCAACUAUUCCCGAGGGAAGUUGGGGUGAAAUUGAAAGUGAGGACUCAUUUGAGGAUUCAAGCAGUGGAGAAGACAGUCCAUGUGGUUCUCCUGGAAGUGAUGGAGAAGGAAUAUUCUUUCCUGCUUCUUUUUUGAAAUCCAGAAACUUUUUUGCAACACAUGUAUUGAAGAUGACUCUGUUGACGGGGAAAAACACCAAGAUGGUCCGCAUCGCCAAAGCCCUGGGAUUGGUUAUCCUGUGCGUCGCAGUGCUCAUACUCUCCCUCAUCAGCUAUGUGUCUCUACGAAAAGACAACCUCUUCACAUCCUCGAAAUACUACAUGGGAGGACCAAGGAUUAUGUUUCAUGCAGGAUUUAGAUCUCAGUUUGCAUUGAAUUUUUUGGAUCCUUCCUUCAUCCCACUAACUUCUGCCCUGAAUGAAGAAUUACAGGGGAAACCAUACAAGUGGAAGUUCAAUAAAACUGCUCAUUAUCAGCAAAGGAAAGAUAUCUUCAAUUUUAUUGAUAUUUCCAGCAACUUCAGCCUGACGAAAGACAGCGUGCGUGUGGGACAGCUAAUGCAUUUUGACUAUUCCAGCCACAAGUAUGUUUUCUCCAUAAGCAACAACUUAAAAUCUCUGCUUCCGGACGCGUCCCCUAUACGUAACAAGCACUACAGCGUGUGCUCUGUGGUUGGAAACAGCGGGAUUCUGACGGAUAGCCAUUGUGGCCCAGAAAUCGACCAGGCAGACUUUGUUUUCCGCUGCAACUUUGCCCCAACUGAGGUCUACUCCAAAGAUGUGGGCAAAAAAACAAAUUUAACUACUUUUAAUCCCAGCAUCCUCGAGAGAUACUACAACAAUUUACUGACCAUACAGGAUAGGAAUAACUUUUUCCUAAACCUUAAGAAGUUGGAGGGAGCCAUUCUGUGGAUUCCUGCCUUCUUUCUUCAUACGUCGGCCACAGUAACAAGGACCCUGGUCGACUUCUUUGUUGAGCACAAGGGUCAAUUAAAAGUGGAGUUGGCAUGGCCAGGAAAUAUCAUGCAUGAUGUUAAUAAGUAUUGGAAAACAAAAAACCUAUCCCCCAAACGACUCAGCACAGGAAUUCUCAUGUAUACACUGGCCAAUGCCAUGUGUGAUGAGAUCCACCUCUAUGGCUUCUGGCCUUUCGGCUGGGACCCCAACAGUGGCAAGGACUUGCCCUAUCACUAUUAUGACAAAAAAGGGAGUAAAUUUACUACUAAGUGGCAGGAGAACCAUCAACUUCCCAACGAGUUCAAGUUGCUCUACAAACUUCACAGAGAAGGUGCGAUCAAAUUGAGUCUGACGCACUGCUCCUAG